AUGGACCCCGUCUUCGCCAGCAAGGACGUACAGCCGCUCUCCUACGAGCGCAGAGUCGACCGAUGCGUACAAAUGACCACUGGUGUCGUGUUCACGCCGGUCUUCAAAUGCGCCUUCCCGGGACGCAAGCCGCCGGGUCGGUAUCGGUUGAAACACACCCCCAAAGGCUUCCAUGGAGCACACGGCGCCCGCCAUCUGUACAACACGAUGGGCGGGAGCGCUUACGAAGUCGACUAUCUCCUGCCUUCUCAGCUGGGCCCCGAGGAUGAGGAGCCGCCCGAUUCCUUGAGGCUCGCCCUGCAGAGUCGUGAGGAGGGUGAGACGCUCGUCAUGUUCGUGCCGAGGGGGGAGCAAUACGUUCUUGCUGAAGCCAUGGAUCUUGCGCCGUGGUCGUCUCUCCCGUGGAGCAUCCAUAGAGGCAUGCAGGAUAUACUUGUUGGAUUUGCCCGGCCGAGGAUGGACCGCCAUCGUGCUGAGCUGGCCGACCUCCUCGGAAAUGCUCGCCAUCCGGGCUGGAGGGGGAAAGUCUGCUGA